UACUACGAACGCAUCUCGCAAACUACAAACAAUUAAAGGGAGAGUAAGAGUGCAUACUCAGAAAACAAAGCGUAGAAUUACAAGUAUGAGCAUUUUUGGCUACCAAAAAGAGCUUGGUGAGUAUGAGGACAUCAGUGAAGAUGACCUUCUGGCCUCCUUAACCAGCGAGUAGAUCCGGGAGCUGGAGAAGAUUGUGGCUGAAAUGGAACGUGAUGAGAAUAUACCCAUCGGACUGAGAGGCUGUCCCCUUAGGCAGGAGGACCAGACAGCCAAACGGUCAACGGGAACGUUUAGCCGAGAGGAUCUGCUAAAGUGGGAGAAUGACAAUAACAGUUUGUUAAAGGACAGUAUGGAUGAGAGCCAGACAGAUAAGAGUGAAGAAUGCGCCACUGAAGAGCCUGUGGAUAAUGAAGACAAGGGCGGACAGCACAAUAGAGGCCACAAACAAAAGGGAGACGGAAAGAAACAUGCUAGGUCAAGCAACAGGAAUUUCAUAGGUUGCAAUACCAAUGACAACAUUAGUAACAGUGUCCUCCAUCGUAUGAAUUCACUUAAACAUUACACCAUAAGGCCAAGUGGUAACCCUACUGAUAUUGAAAAGACCUUGGAGAAGACCUUAAGCAUGGAUGCUUUUGUGAGUUCAGUCAACCUAAACGACAUCGAGAACAUCUCCCGUGUGGUUUUGCUAAGUUUUGCUGAAGCUUUGACCUCCAACACUCAAGUUAAGACCCUCAGUCUUGCCAACACCCAUGCAGAUGACCAUGUGGUAGUUACAAGGUAAACUAACGGUUUGCUUCACUGAGAAAGGUAAAAGAAGGAACUCAGGCCAAAAUGAUUUUUUAAUGCUUUUGCUUAAAGGGGCGAUGAAUUAAGACCUCAAUUUUAACCCGAGCUUUUGUUAUAUAAGAGUGAAUCGUAUUCAAGCAAACAUCCUGUAAGUGUCAGAACUGAAAACGCCCUUGUUACUGAAAUAACAACUGUUAUUGACACCAGGCUCAGCGAACGCCAAGUCCUGGAAUGCACCUAUCUGAUAGGUUGAACACCGCCUCCACAGAAAAAUAUCAAUGACUACUUCUCUAGCCCCGCCCACUGGUUCGCGCAUGACAGUACUGAAGUAAGUUGCGCAAAACCAGAUAAAGCGAGCAAGCAAUAAACAUGCCGUUAAAGAUCGCACAAUAUUGUGGAGUCAGUGCCUGGUUGUGGAAGAACACAGUCGCUGCAUAACCUUCCUUCGGAUUCCCACAUUAGUAAUGCGUGGUUGAAGUUUAUUUUUAAAGAGGUUCCAGCUCACGUGCAUGGGUAAAACAUUACCGCGGAUUCCUUUGUGAACAAGGCACAGGUCGACGCUGGAUUUGCGGAGAGACUAAAAUUAAAAAGCAGUGCUGUACCGUCAAUAUUGGAUCCGAUAGGAGUGGCGCAGCAAUCUUAUGUGAGUAAGACAUAUUUGUACUAUGCGUCACUAUUGCUUCGUUAGAGAUCGCUUGAUGUGCCCUGAGCCCUAUUCGCACGGGAUUAGCAUUACCUGGGGACCUCUAGUCAUUUGUAAUACUUGCGGAGGUUGUCUGUGAUCUUAAUCCCGUGCGAAUCGUUAAACACCAUACAACUAUAGGCUAUACAAACUAUACGCAAAGCCUUGCCAUCACAUCCGGGAAAUAAGUCAGUAAAUUUGAGUAAAAUCACAGGCUUCAUUUAUCCCGUGCGAAUGCACCACAUGAAAUACAGAUGUGGGGAGGUAAUU